AUGCUACCCGUCAGCUCCGGCGUCGCUAUCGCGACCGCUGUCUACAGAAGACUCGCUGACAGUCCGGUGUCGCUCUCCAAGAGGGACACCAACACCUCACAAGAUCAGCUCCCUCCUUGGUCAUUGCUUAUUGUUCUCAUCGACUGGAUCAUCUUUCUCCCUCUUCUCAUCAUCACCUUCUACACCUUCCAACGAGUCUUUCCCGUGCUAGCCAUGGUUGAAGAUGAGAACGAUCCUGCUUACGACCGAAUCUCCCUAGAUGACGACGAGACUGCAUCCUUCGCUGAUGAUGCAGCUCUCCACAACAGCCCGAAGAAGGUCCCUGAUGCUCCUGGCGCUUCUGCUGGCCGCGCUUCUGCUAGCCGUGCUCCUGUUGUCCACACCCCGACUGGCCGCGCUCUUCCCAUUACCUCGAGCAUCCGUGCCACCACUCGUCUGGUUCGCUCUCAUGGCGGAUUCGGUGCCUUCUUCCGCGGCUUUUCCUGUUAUUUCGCCUAUACGCUGCUGACUUCCAUCAUUUUGGUCCUAUUUAUGCUUGUGCUCCCCACCAGCCUUGCUUUCCUCGCCCUCCUGCCUGCCUCCCUGGCCUUGGUUCAGCUGGAUACCGCAUGGGUUCAUAUCGUCAUGACAUCCCGUUCUCCUAUUCGGUUCUGGUCACGCAUGCCCGAUUUCCGCCGCACGUUCGAUGCUACAGCUCGACCCGUCGCCCUAUUGUGGCUUGUUACGCAGAUCGCCCGCUUCACGCCUUCUCUGGUUGCCCGGGCUAUCAACGCAAAUCACAACAAUUGGAAGGACGUCGUUGUUGUCUUGGCGAGCCUCGCUGUUGUUGUUCUGCUUGUCAUUCCAGCCCACGUUGUUCUCGUCCGCGUUCAGGCCUCGCUAUUGCCCGAGGCUGACGACACGAUAAUCCCCUUCGACCGCUCUUUUGGCGGCUCCGUGGUCCCAGCUGUCCUCGAUGGCAAGGGCUAUGUCAGCAUGACUGAGGCCUGGAACACCUUCUCCGCCGCCGCCUGGCGCCGUCUUGUCCAGCUUUACGUCAAAGUCUUCUUGAUUGGCAUCGCUGGCAUUCUCAUCAUGGCUGCUGUGAUGAUACCCGAAUAUAUGCUCCUCCACGCACAGAGCUCACGCAAGCAUUAA